CCGAGUCCGGGCCUCGAGCCCAGUCGUCUCCCGCGGCCGCGGCCUCUCUCAGCCAUGGGCGCCGUCUGGUCCGCCCUGCUGGUUGGAGGGGGUCUGGCAGGAGCGCUUUUCGUUUGGCUGCUGCGGGGCGAGCCCGGGGACACCGGGCAGGACGGGGACGCGGCGCAGAAGGACGCCCCUCCUGGGGAGGCUGCGGCUCCGGUAGGCGAUCAGAGUGGCGGCGGCGGACUGAGCCCGGGACCUUCCAGGCAGGAGCCCGUCACCAAACCAGAGCAUCUUCGAGAAAGCAACGGACGUUUGAUUUCUGAGACCAAAGAUCUUGGUAACCCACAGGAAGAAGCAUGGAAACUGAAGAAUCCUUCUGGAGAAGUCUGUGGCAGGUCAAGAGAGCAUGUUCCUUCUGGACAGUUUCCAGACACGAAACGUCUAGCUACCUCUGAGAAUGGUAACUCCAGGAGAUACUCUGAAUCUUCAAGGAAUGAAAGCCUUCAGUCUCCUACGGAAGAAUGGGGGUUCCGCAAAGGACGAGAGACAUCUGCUAACGCAGCUAAUUGUCUUGCAGACAAGUUGCCUUCUAGCAACUUGCUCAUGGACAGAGAUAAAGAAGUGAGCCUUGCCCAACUGGACAGUCAGGACCUGGCUAACCAUGAGGACUGGGAAAAGGUGUCUAGGCACUCAUCUUGGGGGGAUAUUGGUUCGGGUGGCAGUCUUGAGGCCUCAGUGUUAAGCCUAAGCCAGGAAAUGGACUAUGGGAGAGGCACUGUUGUGGAAGCAAGAGGUCGGGAAGCUCAUGGGAAAACAGAAAGGGUGGCAGCAAUGUCAUCAGAGACUCCGCAAGUUAGUGUCAGGUUCCAGGUCCAUUAUAUUACAAGCACUGACAGGCAGUUCAUGGCAGUAAUUGGAGACCACGAGAGUCUUGGGAGAUGGAACACUUAUAUCCCACUCCAUUACAACAAGAAUGGGUUCUGGUCUCAUUCUGUUUUCCUGCCAGCAGAUACAGUGGUGGAGUGGAAAUUUGUGUUGGUAGAGAACGGGAAAGUUACCCGCUGGGAAGAAUGCAGCAAUAGAUUCCUGGAGACUGGCCAUGAGGAUAAAGUGGUUCACAAGUGGUGGGGGGUUCAUUGAUUUGGUUUGCAAAGUACUGGAGAGGCUGUAGCAGAAUGUGGAGGAGGCAAAGGUUGUGGAGCACACGGAAUCACUUAAAAUAAAGGCAGUGUGGCUCCAAAUUUAGCAAUCAGCGUUGUUUCAAAGCCAGUGGCUUUUGUCUAAUGUGCAGAAAUAUAUAUAUAUAUAUAUAUAUGCAGAUAAUGGUUCCAGUGAGCAUGGACUUUUUCCCUUGUGGCAUUGAUUGGUGGGUUUAUGCUGAUCCAUCACUGCUUUAGGGCUUGAUCCUCUCGGGCAGUGACUAGGCUUCACACUGGGGUCAUGGAGCACAGAAGCUAACCAGCUACACACGGUUCAAGCUUGAGCUUUUAGGUGAUCCUUAGACCAAGGUGGCAAAAUAAGCCUCAUUCAAAAUAGCUGAUUUCCUAUUGGUGCCGUGUAAGAAAUGCUCUUUACGACAUGUAUUAUACACUUUAUGUUUCAGAAUCGUUAACACCAUAUGAAACUGUGAUCAGAAAAUACCUGGUCACUAGAUGUGAUUAGUAAGGAUAUGAGGUAAUGCUCUAAGACUCCCCAGUGGGUUUUUUGUUUGCUUUUACCUGCCAGAUAUGGUUUUGGAGGUAGCAAGUAUGUCUUUUUCUGAAUAUUCUAAGGCUGGUGUAGAAACAAGGGGCCUAAGCAGAGCCAGUCAUCAUGGAAAUUGGUCCUGGGAGCAGCCCACGAGGAAGGGAACAUGAAUGGGGUUAGAGUGUGGACUGGGUGAGGUGGCCUGAACGACAUCUCCUAGAGGACCAGGAGGCACAGGUACAGCUGACAGCAGGAAGGGGACACUCACCCUUUACCCAUGGGAGCCUCUGUAGGGCCACCCCCUCCCACUUGCCCUCCCCGCUCCCAGCAAAUCUGGACUGUUCUGUAGCUGUCGUCUCUGUCACCUCUUCCCUCUGCUUUCAUACCAGUAGCUGUCCUGGGUAACAAAUUUAUACAGGACAGUGAUAUACAAGUAUAUCUUUGCUCUGAGAAGAAAUAAACAUUUAAACUUUAAGUUAUUAUAACUGAACUCAUAUUAAUAAAACCUGUUUUAAUACCUUUA